GAGGCCUGACCCGGAAGUCGCUGCGGCUGCCGCGCGGGCUCCGCUCGUACGGAAAGCUCGGUCCUGCCCCAAGUUCUUGGGCUCGCCCGGUCGUCCUUCCUCGGCCCCCACUGGUCCAUGGGUCUCCAUGGCGACGGCAGGGGCCCGGCCCGGGGGCGGGCAGCCCGGGUGGGGUCGUGGCGCUCCGGGGGCCUGUGCGGCAGCGUUGCUGUGUUCGCCGCUGUGGCCGGCGUGUUCGCUCUCACGCUGCCCCCCUCGGUGCCGGGGGGAGACUCGGGGGAACUGAUCACAGCCGCACAUGAGCUUGGAGUUGCCCAUCCUCCUGGCUACCCUUUGUUCACUCUGGUGGCUAAACUGGCAAUUAAACUAUUUCCUUUUGGUUCAGUUGCCUACCGAGUCAAUCUUCUGUGUGGCUUAUUUGGAGCAGGAGCUGCAUCGUUACUUUUUUUCACCGUUUUCAGGCUUUCUGGCUCACAUGCUGGAGGAAUCCUUGCUGCGGGGGUGUUUUCAUUUUCUCGUCUAACAUGGCAGUGGUCCAUUGCAGCAGAGGUUUUUAGCUUAAACAAUCUGUUUGUGGGGCUGCUUAUGGCUCUUACUGUACAUUUUGAGGAGGCAGCAACUGCAAAAGAAAGAUCAAAGAUAGCUAAAAUUGGUGCUUUCUGCUGUGGCCUUAGCUUGUGUAAUCAACACACAAUAGUACUCUAUGUUUUGUGCAUAACACCAUGGAUUCUUUUUCGACUUUUAAAAGAAAAGGAACUCUCACUGGGCUCCUUGUUGAAGCUGAGUCUGUACUUCUCUGCUGGUUUGCUGCCCUAUGUCUAUCUUCCUAUCUCAUCCUACAUCAAUCAAGCCCGCUGGACCUGGGGAGACCAGACAACAUUGCUGGGGUUUCUGACUCAUUUUCUCAGAGAAGAAUAUGGAACAUUCAGUCUGGCCAAAUCUGAAAUAGGAUCCAGUAUGUCUAAAAUUUUACUUUCUCAAGUAACAAAUAUGAGGACCGAACUCUCAUUCAACAUUCAAGCCCUUGCAGUUUGGGCAAAUAUAUGUUUAGCAAGAAAAGACAGACAGAACCCAUCAUUGGUAUGGCUUUUUACUGGAAUGUUUUGCAUUUAUUCAUUGUUCUUUGCUUGGAGGGCAAAUUUAGAUAUUUCAAAACCACUUUUCAUGGGUGUGGUAGAGCGGUUCUGGAUGCAGAGCAAUGCCGUGGUGGCCGUCCUCGCCGGCCUUGGGCUGGCUGCACUGGCUUCUGAGAGUAACCGAGUGCUGAACACCAAUGGGCUUCAGUGUCUGGAAUGGCUUUCUGCAACUCUUUUUGUAAUUUACCAAAUAUAUUCCAAUUACAGCAUUUGUGACCAAAGGACCAACUAUGUGAUCGAUAAAUUUGCAAAGAACCUUCUAGCCUCUAUGCCUCAAGAUGCAAUUAUCUUACUCAGAGGAGAUCUGCCAGGAAAUUCUCUCCGUUACAUGCAUUAUUGUGAGGGACUGAGGCCAGAUAUUUCAUUAGUGGAUCAGGAAAUGAUGACAUAUGAGUGGUAUUUACCAAAGAUGGCCAAACAUUUACCAGGUGUCAGCUUCCCUGGGAACCGGUGGAAUCCUGUGGAAGGAAUCUUACCUAGUGGAAUGGUCACAUUUAAUCUUUAUCGUUUUCUGGAAAUAAAUAAACAAAAACAAACAUUUGUUUGCAUAGGAAUUCACGAAGGUGACUCGACCUGGAAAAAGAACUAUUCACUUUGGCCAUGGGGUUCUUGUGACAAAUUAGUUCCUUCAGAGAUUGUAUUCAACCCUGAGGAAUGGAUUCAACUUACAAGAAACAUCUAUAACUGGACUGAAGAAUAUGGACGGUUUGAGCCAUCUUCUUGGGAAUCUGUGGCCAAUGAGGAGAUGUGGCAAGCAAGAAUGAAAACACCAUUCUUCAUUUUUAACCUGGCAGAAACUGUGAAUGUGCCUUCCAACAUGAAAGUUCAACUCUACACUCACGCAUAUGACCUUUAUAAGGAGCUUGUGUCUUUACGGAAGGAACACCCAGUGAACUGGCACAAGAACUACGCCAUCGCCUGCGAGCGAAUGCUGCGCCUCCGGCCAAAAGGCGCAGACCCCGAAGUCUUGUUGUCUGAAACCAUCCGACAUUUCCGGCUCUACACCCAGAAAGCACGGAACGAUCCACAACUGGCUGAUAUUUCUGUGGCUCUGAAUCACCUAAGAAAAGAGCUGCAAAGUCUGAGAAAUAGGAAAAACGUCUGAGACAGCAAAACAUGAAAAAAAAACAACCUGCUCCUCAUUCCGCUUCUGAAAUUCUGAGGUCCAAAAGUUUCCCUCCAAGAAAAGAAACUGUAUAAAAAAUUGAAGACUAGGUCACCUCCCAGACAGAACAGAAGUAAUGUGGCACAAGGCAGUACUGUUUUAUUUGGGGGUGGGGGGGGGUUAAGUGACUGAGGUGUGCUAUUUAUGCAAAUUAUGUUUAUCCCAUGUUACCAAAUGAGCAGUUCAGUAAGAAUCUUUCCAAAAUUCUUCCUACUUCCCCAGUCUUUCACCUAAUGACGUUGCUUGAUUCAAUUCUAAAAGAAAAUGGACUCUUUUCAUAUACUUAAAAUAUUGACGGUGCAUCUUUUAAAGGGUCCUGCUUAUUGGGAUCAAUCUUGAAGGUUAAAUUCUUAAAACAUUAAUACCAGGCCAAAGACAUUUUCUGUUGCCCAAAAGUGAAUUUAAAAAAACAAACAAAAAAACCGAAUGAAUCUUGUUAUGCUACAAGUUAGAAUACUUUUUUUUUUUCCUUUGAGUAGCUGUGGCUGUUACACAAUCUCAUGCUUCAGGCUAAAUACCAACUGGAUGAUAGUUUGAAAAAAGUUGGGAUUUUACUGUCUUAGAAAAUUCUCGGAAAGCACUGAAAAAUAAAGCUAAUUCGUUGUUUGCUUUUUUUUUCAGUUGCAUAAACUGAUUGGCAAGUCAAAAGGAUUUUGCAUUUCCUCAAUUAAUUUUAUAUUUAUGUUUUACUUCUAUUCGGACUCAUAAAUCUGGGCCCAAUAAUUAGUAGGCUCCUGUGGCCAAAAUGCAAAAAAAAAAAGUGGGGAUUGGAGGGGGGGAUGGGGAAGUGGUUCAAUAAAUUCAUUUCUGUUACAAGCAUCUUUUAUACAUAUUACUAAAGAGAACAUAGUAAGAAAUGCAAAUAAUAGUUCUUUAUUUUAUUAUGACAGUUAAUUAAUAGCAACCUGUUUUAAUGAAUAAAGUCACUCAGAGUCCUUCAGCACUUCCUAAGCAGAGGCCCGAAUCUGUAGGGAUUCUUUUCCCCCCAAUUGUAUAGCUCCUAGACUCCGAGCACUAUAUAGGCCCCUGUAUAGAAAUGCUCACUAAUGAAGAGGGAGGGCUAGAAGCUUGUCUGCAUUCAAAGAUCACUGGUGAGUCAUUCAGCAAGAAAAGGCCCCUUACCAGGAAUAGUCACAGUUCCGUGGCAUUGUACUAGCAAAAGGGUCUGAUCAAAGGUCUCCUGUGGAGCUUGCAUGGUUCCCUUUCAUACUACGACCAUAAUUAAAACCACUAAUUCUCUUUUAAAAUGCUGCAGGAUGCCAUGUAGGCAUCUGUCUGGAGUGUCCUUUGUGAUGUCAUAAGCUGUUAAGGACCAGUGCCGAGGGCCUUUGAGUGAAAUGCCAGUCAUGAAGGUGCUUCAAGACGAGGGCGCCUCUAAAAGCUUGACAGGGCCUUGACUGCACAAUUCGAGCUGAAUUUGCCCCUUGUCAGCUGCCAGUAAAUAAAUCUCAAAGGGGGAAAAGCUGAAGUUUCAUUACCUGAUCCGUGGGGCUUUGUUGGUUUUGGCACCACACAGGGGAAGCUCUCGCCCCUCCAUUCUCUGGAUUUGAAGAUGUCCAUUGGAGCCUGCAGUGCCUGGACAGGGUUCAGAGCGGAACCUUUUGAAGAGUGUCAAUAGUUGUAACAGUUCAGCUGUUAGGAAGACAAAUAAAUGGAGGAGCUCAUUAAUCCGCUUUUGGCUCUCAGUGCCUUUUGCCCUUUUAUCACAGCCUUAUUAGGCUCCUACUCAUCUUGAACCAGAAAAAAAUGAAUUGAAGUUGUUGAGUACUAAUUGGCAAAGACUUUUAAUCAUGGGCCAAGAACUUUCACUGACUUGAAAGUAACUUCUCCACAGGGAAGAACCGAAAACCUGGUUUACCUUAAAACAAAAAACCUGUGGGAGUUCAGUGUGCUGUAAAAAUUUAGGGAAGCAUUGAUAAAUUGUCUAAGUUUCUCCAUUUGAAAGAAAUGAGGUAAGAUUAUGAUUUCUACUUUUCUAGAGAAAAAAAUAGUACAAUAAAAUUCAAAUAAAUGUUCCCUAGAAAUGUAUUGUCUUUACUGAUUCAGAAGAGAUCGCACGCGUAUGUAAGAUGAUCAUGGGUUUCUGAACAUCUAUCUAUGGAUGUAAGUCUUCAUCUGAGCAUCUAUACAUACAUGUGGUGUUGGAGGAAUGAAAUUAGAAGUAGCAUUUCCUACAUAUAGCCUUAAGAAUGGCCAAUGAAGACUUCUUCAGAAUAUCUGCUUUUUAAAUUUACAUCUGUACUGUGGAGCUAUAUAUAUAUAUAUAUAUAUAUAUAUAUAUAUCCGAGUAUGCUUUGUGGGUUGACUCUUGUCAGAUGUGCACAGGUUAUUCUGUAUUUGUCCAACAAUGGCUCUGGACCACUCUCUUUGAGAAAGCCAUCCUAUGAUGGUCCAGAGUAGAUAGGAUCAUAAUUAUUUAAAUUUCCAACAACCAUCAGUACAUGGAAAAAUUGCAGACUAAGCUGAGAUCCUGGGAUGUUGGACUUCAUUCCCAGAUCCACCACUUGGAAGAAUUCUUUCCUUUCUAUUGUGUGAAGUUAAACAACUUGCUUUCUUUUUCUCCCUCUUACUUUUCCUUGGCGAGUGCACAAACACCAUAAAAUCGGACAGAAGGGGUUUCCUUUCGUGUAACCCCCUGACAUGGGAGAGAAUGUGAAGGAGGUGACUUCUCAUGCCGGAUUUGGCCAGCAUCCUCCUAGCAGUGUCCCUGAGUGCCGCGGGUUGGCAGGACGACAGGAACCCCACAAGGCCAGCUUCUGCCUGGACUUCGGCCUGAGCAGCAAGUGGGAGCCGGCAGAACUGUCUGCCUGUCCACAUGCUGCAGUGCCCUGCUGCCCGGCACCGAGGCAGGCACACAUGGAGGGCAAGCCGAGAAGGGAUUGUGUGGCUCCAUGUUCUCUAACAAAUCCCCUCCCCAGCCCUGUGCCCGCUGAUGGGAGGUGUGCUUGACUCUUGCUGUUGACUUUCCUCAUCUUUGUUUUUUUCAAGGACCUAUUUUUUUUUUAAUGCUUUUGUUCUAUUACUCAAAAUGCAGCCAAACUCGGAGAGAAUCAAUUACUAGUGUACUAUUUUGAAAUCUUCAAAUAGAAAUUAUGAAAUGUUAUGUCUUGUCCAUAUUCUUAGUAUUUUCUGGUGAUUGGACCAUGAUUUUUAGCCAUUAUGAUAUUUAAAUAAAGCCCAUUUUGAGUAUGAGGGUUAUUUUAUGAUUCCCUGCUGAUUUCUUUAAGUUAUCAGGUGAGGAUAUGAAGAGCUGUUUUUAAAUUUAUAUUUUUAAAAGUUAAAUAAUGUGAAUCUGUAAUCAUAGUUCCCACCAAUAUCCCUCAGAAUUUAAAAAUGUUAGUACUUUUAAUAUUAAGGGGAAAAAAAUAAUACCACAGGUUGAAAAAACAGAUCCUGUUACAGUAAAUGCUUUUACUCUGUUUUAAAUCUGGUGUAUUUUAUAAAUAUACCAUGGUAGAGUAUUACUAAAAUUCUGUUCUUCUCACUGGUUCCAAGUCCUGUGGUAGGUAAAAUAAUUCCAACCCAAUAAGAGAUUCACACUGCUUUGUUCAUCCUCAUGUUUUGUUGUGGAUGCAAAACCAUCUUAAGGCUUAUAUUCACAAACAAAUAAGUAACGUUCCCAGGGAUUCUGGGAACAUCUAAAGGCCAAGAUCUUGGCACAGCAUUACAGAGCAAACAGGGAGCUAAAGCUUUAGCAGCGAUCAUAUUCAAUGAAGACGUCAUUGUCAGUACCCUCUAAAGGUCUGUUUGAUUUGGAUCAGCAUGGAUAGUAUUUUAAAAGCCUCAGGAAUAGCACAAUGUGCCUACCUGGAUAUAGGAAAGUAAAGGAAUAGGAAUAUAUUUUGAGAAAGGGAUUUUUUUCUGGGAAAAAAUCAUAUUGCUUUUCAACGAUGUAACAUAUAUUUGGUGGAAAUUGUAUGUACCGGAAAGAUAAGCUUAUGUAUAUUUUUUUUAAAAGUGAGGGUGGGGGAGAUGGGUAGAUGUUCCAAAACUGUAAACAUGAAGUCCACAAUUACUGAUUUUUAAAUGGAGUUCUUCGGAUCUUAUCUACAAAUCUAAAGGGUUAUUGGUGAAGCUCAAUUUUCAGUAAUAUAAAUAUUAUGGUGAUUUUAGAAAAGCCGAGUUGGUGAGAUUGAGAAAGUUUGAAGAUACAGAUCAAAAACACAAUGGCAACUAACUGGGCCAUGUUCCCAUCCCAGUGAUUCAACUUCACCGAGCACCCCAGAGGCCUCAAGCCUUUCUGUGCAUAGUUGCCAUUAAACAAGGAUAAUGCUAAAUGUUUAUCCCAUAAAAGAUAAAUAGGAAUAAGCCAAAUCUAAGAUUUAACCCUUAAUCAUUUUCACUGUUUAGAAUUUUUAAAUCUGUGUAAGUUGUAUUGGGGGGGAAAGGAUGAUAGAUGGCAUACGAUCUUUAUAUUGUUAAGUUCAUUCUAUAUUAUAAACUAAUAUGUGGAGAUUAUGUCCCGUUUUUUAAAAUAUACAAAGAAACCAUAAUUAUCUCCUGUUUAGAAGUGUUACCUGAAAAGGGAUUAUUUUGUAAUGUAACCUUUUAAAGGAGAUAUUUUGAGAUUUCUCUCAUCUAAAUGAAAUGUUGCCUAGAUGGUUGAACCAUGGGAAAUAUUCCUAAUACCUGUGGUUGUCGCUUAUAUGCACAAGUAUGUGUGAUUAAAGUAAAAAAGGGAACAUUGCCUGUGAAAUCAGA